UCUCUCUCUUUCACUCACUCUCUCUCUCUCUCAUUCACUCACUCACACUCUCUCUCACUCUCUCUCUGGCUCGCUCAGGAAGUGGAGGUUUUAGAGGCUGUUACAUGGAAGUGUUUCCUCACAGGACGCAGUGACAGUGAUGUGAGGAUAGAACAUGUGUAUAUAUAUCUUCCUCUCUCUCACGCAGCAGUGUGGAUGUAGAUGGCAUGUUUCCUCUACAAUGACCUCUCUCAUAGCUGCACACGCUACGAGUAUUAAACCUAAUGAAAAGGUAUUGGCCAACACAGAAUAUUGAUCCAUUAGUUUUACUAAAUAAAAACCCAAUCACACCGAGACGCGUCGCUAGAAAUGUGUCUCGGUGUGAUUAGAGAUUCUAACCUUUAUUAAUAUAAAAUGAGUGCGUAUAUAAACACAUUUUAACCAUCAACCAAAGCUGUGUAGCCCUUUGUUCCAGACUGUCUCAACAACAUUCAUGAUCCCAGAAGAUGAAUCUGAGAGACUUUGGUGAUCCUCUGACCUUUCAUGUAGCAGCACAUCAUCACAGAGCUGCUAGCAGGAGCGCAGACAGAUGGACAAACACCUGGCUCACCACUGCACGAGUGUCGGAUCUUCAGUUACAUACAUUGUGUGUUAUUUUGACCAUGUGACUGCAGCAGUCUUCUUCUUGUACCUUAACACUCAAUGCUCUGUUGCUCUCUGCAGCAUCUCCAACUUCACCCCUAAAGUGGGAGAGAAGGACACCCAGAGAGCCAUCCGACAGGCCUUCAACGUGUGGCAGACGGUCACUCCGCUCUCCUUCCAGGAGGUUCCGUACUCGGAGAUCAAGAACGAGGGUAAAGAGGCGGACAUCAUGAUCUUCUUCGCCUCCGGGUUCCACGGCGACAGCUCUCCGUUCGACGGGGAGGGGGGGUUCCUGGCGCACGCCUACUUCCCCGGCGCCGGCAUCGGAGGAGACACCCACUUCGACUCGGACGAGCCCUGGACGCUCGGCAACGCCAACCACGACGGUGAGACCGGUUCCAUUCUUUGGUGCUUCAGUGAGUCGAGUAAAGAACUUUAUUUCUCUAGAGGAGGAAUUCAGUUUCACCUGCGCUGGUCAGUGAUCGUAGUCCCGUCCGGAGUGAUAAUCACUCCUCCAAUAACCUACCGCACUGAUGCUCAGUCAGCUCUCUGGUCCUCCUGCAGUUCAAGUCCAGUCGGGGGGGACGCUUCCAUAAACGCUGUGGUUACUGUCACCGGUCUGCUCAGCUCACAGUCAUUCCUGCCUUUGUCCAUUAAGUGGUGACGUAGUUCACCGUUGUGUAAGUCCAGCUGAGGCUGAUGGGGAUGUCUUUAGUUCUGCAGGUAUUUGGUCACAAACCAAAGUAUUGUGGACCUGAUGAUGGUGUUGGAUGAAAGGUCAGAGGAUCCUGAGGGGAACGUUAAUGUUCGUAUGAAAUGUCUGUUAUCUUAUUCGAAAAUCCAACAUUUUGACCAACUGAGUGGAAUUACAUUAAAGUCGUUUUUAAUUGUCUGUUAAUAGUUAAAUUACAGCUAAAUAAUUACUGGUAAUUAAUAAAAUGUGUUUUAUUGGCUAAGAUAUCGUCCAGGAUGACGACUGUUAACACAACGAGGGAUGUGUUUUAUUAGAGAUAUUAUUCUUCAUAUCUGUAUAUGUGGGCUGUAUGUGAACCUGCCUUCUCCAUAACAAACCGGUUUAUAACGACGUCGGGGAGCGUGUCUUUAAAAUAACCCGCAGUGUUUACACGGACAUUUCUUAUUCAGUUUAAAUAUCUCGUCCCAGUGUAAACACACGGAACGACAGCCAUGAAAUACCAACUGAUUUGAAGUAUUAUUCAUCACUUCAAUUAUUAAUACAUAGCAUUUGUAAAUGAAGUGUCCUCAGGCGUCGCUGCACUAUCUCUGAGCGCCACACUGUUGAGUCACUGGAUGAGGAAUGGAGGGAGAGAGAAGACUCUUCACUUGGUCGUUUCUUUCCUUCCUCUAUCUCUGUGUGACAAAUGACUCACGCCACCACGUUCCCUCUGCCUGAGUAACGACCGUGUGCAGAGAGAGAGAUGGAGGGAGAGGAAGAGAGAUGGAGGGAGAGGAAGAGAGAUGGAGGGAGAGGAAGAGAGAUGGAGGGAGAGGAAUCCGGUUUGAGAGAUCAGCACUAAUAAGGAUUCGCUUUGACGGAGAAGCUCAAAAUUUGCCACAUUACAGAAUAUCUCUCAGCAUUCGUGCACUUUCAUUGGAGUUCAGUGCACGCUCACGUGAACGUGCACUCUUUUCUCCCUCGGAAAAAUUGCUGAUUUUAUCAAUAUGCAUUCGUCAUAAAAGAAUAGAUCGAUCAGUUUAUCAGUGUGCGUGUGUGCAUGCGUGUGUGUGUGUGUGUGUGUGUGUGUGUGUGUGUGCAGUCACACAGGUGACACCUCCACACACACACACACACGUCUCUUUAUCUCUAAAAAUCCGUCCACACACACCGAAGUAAUUGAAAGAUUAGAAACUAGAUAGUGAGACGUUAAAGUCCUGAGACGCUACGGAAACUAAUGGACGGAAUCGGCUUCAGAAGGACAAACAGUCCUCGUCUUCACCUCUGUCUCCGCUGAGGAACAGGAGACACUAGCUAGUAGAUCUCA